AUGGACAUGGUUCAACCUCGAAUGCACGCGCAUAUUGGUUCCCUCAUGGAGAACUCAUCUCCAAAUAUCAAUAAAUCUUUUUUCUUAUCGACAUGCUCGCAUGCAAAUAAUAGAGUCAGAUACGAACAAGAGGGUGACUAUCGAGUUCAAUUUGACAAGCACGCCAUUUUCAAAUCCCGGUGCCAUCGGCCAGCGAGCGUCCAUUCUGGCCCCGAGGCGUUGUGGUCACUGCUGGCCCAUUUCGUUUCUCCACCCGAAGCCCUUGCACUAACGGACGGCACCGACGUCGAGGAGCUGGCAGGCCUGGCGUCGAUGUCGACCCAAGUGUUUCAAAAAUCAAAAUCAGCAACUGAGCACACGGACAUGGGGAGGCAAGACCGCCGAGCUGCGAGCCAGUUCCUGAAAGAGCGGUCAAGCUAUGACUUGAACCUCGAGGACUAUGAGAUCAGUGCCAAGACCCACGAUUCCAUUGCUUGGGAAGUGGUCCAUGCUCGGCCUAAGCUUUGCCUCGGUGAAUGUUCCCCGCAAACCUCAAUUCCACAAGGCAGCCAUGAGCUACCUGACGGGACCUACAAUAUUGCCACACCCAUUGCUGCUAUAGUGCUUACCAUGUCCUCGAAGUUUACCUAUCUGCGCGCGGCGCGUCUUGCUGCUCGCCAUCCGUGCCGGCAAAGGACGUUCGCCUCAGCCGCCAGUAGCCGUGCAGACCACGUUCGCAUUGUAGAAGUUGGGCCUAGAGAUGGACUGCAGAAUGAGAAGAAGACGAUACCUCUGGCGACCAAGAUUGAGCUAGUGGAGAGGCUGGCGCAGACUGGAUUGACGACCAUCGAAGCAGGCUCAUUUGUGUCGCCGAAAUGGACCCCACAGAUGGCGAAUUCUGCCGAGAUUCUCGAACACGUCUUGAAUCGUGCGCCGCAAUCUUCACGCCCGAUUACCUACCAAUGGCUGCUGCCAAAUGUCAAAGGCCUCGACAACUUCCUCUCCACCUGGCAGGCCAAGUCAAACUCAGGCCAGGAUGCGUAUCCCACACCUCCACCAUCCCCAGGAACAAAUGAUGCCCCGGCCCAAACCACCUCCUCCCAAGAUCCCAUACACGAGCUGUCCAUCUUCACCGCCGCGACGGAAGCCUUCACACAAAAGAACACAAACUGCUCCAUCGCAGAGUCGCUCAAACGCUUCGAACCCAUCAUGGCAAAAGCCAAAGAAAUGAACGUCAACGUCAGAGCCUACAUCUCCGUCGCACUCGGAUGCCCCUACGAAGGCCCCAACGUCAACCCCCACAAAGUCGCCGAACUCGCAGUCAGUCUGCUCGAAAUGGGCGCAGACGAAAUCUCCGUAGCCGACACAACCGGCAUGGGCACCGCGCCCAAGACCGCCGAACUCCUCAAGACCCUCAACGCAGCCGGCAUCGACAAGAGCGAUCUCGCCCUCCACUUUCACGAUACCUACGGCCAGGCCCUUGUGAAUUCCGUGGUCGCACUCGAACAUGGUAUUCGCACUUUUGAUGCCGCUGUUGCGGGGCUGGGUGGGUGUCCCUAUAGUCCCGGGGCGACGGGUAAUGUGGCGACGGAGGACUUGGUACACUGCUUUCAUAGCUUAGGGGCGAAGACGGGCGUCGAUGUCGAGAAGCUGGCAAAAGUGGGAGAAUGGAUAUCGCAGGAGUUGGGGCGGCCGAAUGAGAGUCGAUCGGGCAAGGCGAUAUUGGCGCAGAUGCGCAGGGCUGACAAGUAG